AUGUUCAAGUAUCGUAGAAAAAAUAAUUCAACUCCAGGAAGCCAGGAGGUAAUUCAAGAAGAAGAAGACCAACAGCAACAGCCCCAGCAACAGCAACAGCCACAACAACAGCCGAAAAGAAAUAGUGUAACUGUAUUUAAUCAAUGGAUGAAAGGAAUUUUCAAGAAAAAACCCAAUGAAUCUGCACCAACUCCGGCGCCACAGAACACUCACGAAAAUGAUUCGAAAUUAUUAUAUAUGAGAAAUUCCAUAACAUCGUUAUUUAAGAAUAAAAAUAACAAAUCUAAACUAGCUAUCAAAGAUAUUGAUCUUAUUGAGGGCAUGGAAGCAAAUGAUUUAAUGAAGCUAUACACAGUGAGUGAACCAAAAGUUCCCUUACUUGAAAUGAUGGUAGCAGAUUAUAAACGUGGAAGAUUUUCGAUCCCAGGAGCAUCUACUAAACAAAAAAAGAAAAAAAUUGCCCUCGACCAAGCAAAAUUAGAUCAAAUGAUAAACGAGUAUGACGAAGAAGUAAGAAAAAAAGAUUUAGAAGAAAUACAAAAUAAUGCUGAAACAUUGAAAAAAAAGUUUGCUCUGUCGAAUGCCCAGGUGUUAAAAUUAGAUAAUAUCGUCCAAGAAUUACACCAAGGAAAAAGUUAUCAGUUAGAUAUAGCCACAGUUUUACUUGAUCCUAAGGAUCUGACGAAGGAACAGUUUCAUAGCUUAAUAAAGGAGUAUGAAGACACGCAGAUAUUUGGCAGUGCACACUUUGUUGACGCCACGGCGCAGUGCGGUAAUUGCAUUCAACAGUCAUCGAGAAAUAGACCGCGAAAUAAAUUACUGGCGAUGAAUUUUAACGUACCGCCAAACGCUGCAAUUAGGCGACAGGGCGGAGGUGGGCUGCCUGACAUGAACCUUCUACUAUCUGGCCAGCCAGGCAAUCCAAACUAUCCUCAAGAGCCGCAGUCUCCUCAUCAGCCCAACAAUCCUCAACAGCCGAACUAUCCCCAACGGCCGAACUAUCCCCAAGAUCCAAACUAUCCCCAGCGCCCGACGUAUACUCGCAAAAGGUGCUGCCCAUAUGACUUUGAUAGCAAUUUUUGCAAGACGGUGGACGACAGGGUGCUUUGUGGAUAUAACAAAAACCUAGGAACACCACAGAGUAAGAAUCAAAUGUUUGAAUUGACUGAAAAUUGUAGGAUACGUGGCGGACGGCUAGAAUGUGGCUAUGAGAAAGGACCUUUUACCAAUAUCAGAAGGCCUCCUGCGAGGGAUGGUUUCUUUCCUUCUAAUAAUAACGACCAAUAUGGAUCCUCCUAUUAUGGCACAACUCUGAGGUCAUCGGACUCUGUUACCAGAUGUGUAGAAAUAAAUGAGCGCAUUAUUUGUACGAAAAUUUAA